GGAGAGAGCCAGCGGUGGAGUCUGGGCCGGCGGAGGCUGCGCCAGAGUGACGAAAGCAGGAGAGGGCCAUCUUGCGUCCAGCAAAGUUGAACCAGAGGAUUCACCCAUCGCUUCUAUGGCUGCCUCACAAACUUCACAAACUGUUGCAUCUCACGUUCCUUUUGCAGAUUUAUGUUCAACUUUAGAACGAAUACAGAGAAGUAAAGGACGUGCAGAUAAAAUCAGACACUUCAGGGAAUUUUUAGAUUCUUGGAGAAAAUUUCAUGAUGCCCUUCAUAAGAACCAGAAAGAUGUCACAGACUCUUUUUAUCCUGCAAUGAGACUUAUUCUUCCUCAGCUAGAAAGAGAGAGAAUGGCCUAUGGAAUCAAAGAAACAAUGCUUGCUAAGCUUUAUAUUGAAUUGCUCAAUUUACCUAAAGAUGGAAAAGAUGCUCUUAAACUUUUAAAUUACAGGACACCUACUGGAACUCGCGGAGAUGCCGGAGACUUUGCCAUGAUUGCAUACUUUGUAUUGAAACCAAGAUGUUUACAGAAAGGAAGUCUAACCAUCCAGCAAGUAAAUGACAUUUUGGAUUCAAUUGCCACCAAUAAUUCUGCCAAAAGAAAGGACCUAGUAAAGAAGAGUCUUCUUCAGCUAAUAACUCAAAGUUCAGCACUUGAACAAAAGUGGCUAAUACGAAUGAUUGUGAAGGACUUAAAGCUAGGUUUUAGUCAGCAAACUGUAUUUUCUCUUUUUCAUAAUGAUGCUGCUGAGUUGCAUAAUGUCACCACAGAUCUGGAAAAAGUCUGUAGGCAACUGCAUGACCCUUCAGUAGGGCUCAGUGAUAUCUCCAUCACUUUAUUCUCUCCCUUUAAACCAAUGCUCGCUGCAAUAGCAGAUAUUGGGCGAAUUGAGAAGGACAUGAAAAACCAGAGUUUCUAUAUUGAAACCAAGCUAGAUGGCGAGCGUAUGCAAAUGCACAAAGAUGGGGAUGUAUAUGCAUAUUUCUCCCGAAAUGGCUAUAAAUAUACAGAACAGUUUGGUGCUUCUCCACAAGAAGGUUCUCUUACACCAUUCAUUCAUAAUGCAUUCAGAACAGAUAUACAGAUUUGUAUCCUUGAUGGUGAGAUGAUGGCCUACAAUCCUAAUACACAGACUUUUAUGCAAAAGGGGAAUAAGUUUGAUAUUAAAAGAAUGGUAGAAGAUUCUGAUCUGCAAACUUGUUAUUGUGUUUUUGAUGUAUUAAUGGUCAAUAAUAAAAAGCUAGGACAUGAAACCCUGAGAAAGAGAUAUGAAAUUCUUAGUAGUAUUUUUACACCAGUACCAGGCAGAAUAGAAAUAGUGGAAAAAACACAAGCUCAUACUAAUAAAGAAGUAAUUGAUGCUCUGAAUGAAGCAAUAGAUAAAAGAGAGGAGGGAAUCAUGAUAAAACAUCCUCUAUCCAUUUAUAAGCCAGACAAAAGAGGUGAAGGAUGGUUAAAAAUUAAACCAGAGUAUGUAAAUGGCCUCAUGGAUGAACUGGACAUCAUCAUCGUUGGGGGCUAUUGGGGUAAAGGUUCACGGGGUGGAUUGAUGUCUCAUUUUUUGUGUGCUGUCGCAGAGAAGCACGCUUCUGGUGAAAAACCCUCAGUGUUUCAUACUCUCUGUCGUAUUGGCUCAGGUUACACCAUGAAAGAACUGUAUGAUCUGGGUUUGAAACUGGCCAAGCAUUGGAAGCCUUUUCAUAAAAAAGCUCCACCAAGUAGCAUUUUAUUUGGAACAGAGAAGCCAGAAGUGUACAUUGAGCCUUGUAAUUCUGUCAUCGUUCAGAUUAAAGCAUCGGAGAUUGUUCCCAGUGACAUGUAUAAAACUGGCUGCACUUUGCGAUUUCCACGAAUUGAAAAGAUCAGAGAAGACAAAGAGUGGCAUGAGUGCAUGACUCUGGAUGACUUAGAACAACUUCGAGGGAAAGCAUCUGGAAAGCUUGCGUCUAAACACCUUUAUGUCGGUGGUGAUGAUGAACCCCAAGUAAAAAAGCGGAAAGCUCCUCCCAAAAUUAAGAAAGUUAUUGGGAUUAUUGAGCACUUAAAAGCACCUAACCUUUCUAACGUAAACAAAGUUUCCAAUAUAUUUGAAGAUGUGGAGUUUUGUGUUAUGAGUGGAAUAAGUGGCCAUCCAAAGCCUGACCUGGAGAACAGAAUUGCAGAAUUUGGUGGUUAUAUAGUACAAAACCCAGGCCCAGACACGUACUGUGUUAUUGCAGGGUCUGAGAACAUAAGAGUGAAAAAUAUAAUUUCUUCAAAUAAACAUGAUGUUGUCAAGCCUGAGUGGCUGUUAGAAUGUUUUAAGACCAAAAGCUGUGUGCCAUGGCAGCCUCACUUUAUGAUUCAUAUGUGCCCAUCAACAAAACAACAUUUUGCCCGUGAAUAUGAUUGUUAUGGUGAUAGUUAUUUUGUUGAUACAGAUUUGAACCAACUGAAGGAAGUAUUCUCAGGAAUUAAAGAUUCUAGUGAACAGACUCCUAAAGAAAUGGCCUCUGUGAUUGCUGAUUUAGAGUAUCGAUAUUCCUGGGACUGCUCUCCCCUGAAUAUGUUUCGAAAUCACACCAUUUAUUUGGACUUGUAUACUGUCAUUAAUGACUUGAAUACCAAAAUCGAGGGAACAAGAUUAGCUAUUACAGCCUUAGAGCUUCGAUUUCAUGGAGCAGAAGUAGUUUCUUGUUUAGCUAAGGGAGUGUCUCAUGUAAUCAUUGGGGAGGAUCAUAGUCGUGUCGCAGAUUUUAAAACUUUUCGAAGAACUCUUAAGAGAAAGUUUAAAAUUCUGCAAGAAGGUUGGAUAAUUGAUUCAAUAGACAAAUGUGAGUUACAGGAUGAAAAUCAAUAUUUGGUUUAAAGCUUGUUUUUCUAGUGAGGAAAUCAUCUGAUUUGGCCAACCCCUAACAGGUGAUAAUGAUAAAAUAUUAAACUAAAUUUUAUUUUUAUCUCAAUAUCUAUGCUUGAAUAAUAUUAUUAGAUAUAGGAAAACAAUAAUUUUCACUUUUGAAGUAGACAAGACAGUGGACGGAAGCCAAGAAAGAAGAAAUUAUUUUAGCAAUGUAGUAGUUGAUGGGAAAAGUUUUAAAAAAAGAUUUUUAUGUAAUAUCCCUAUAACGAUCUAGAAGUUUGACUCAGAUAUUAAUAAAAUACAUGUAGAGAGUUUUAGAGUCAGAAUUUUAACCUAAACAGGAUUUUCUGAAGUCAUAGUAGUUUUUAUCUAAUAAAAGCAUUAUAAGGAAAAAGCAGAAUUGUAACAAUUGGACUUGUAAAAAUAAGUCUUUUAAACUAAAUCCUGAAUUUUGAAAAAUAUCAAAUGUUGUAAACAAGUUUAUUUUUUAAGGUUAAGGUCAAGCUCAUGAAUAAGACCUUGCUAGUGAUAUCAUUAGCUAAAUUAGGGGAAGUGGAAUGACAAUGUUCUAAAAACUUAAUUAGAUCAAUAUAAAUGAUAGUCACAGAGUGAUUUUUUUUAGAUAUAGUUCAUCUCCAAAUGGCAUGUGUGUUGUAGCUUUCACUACAGAGAAAUAAAUUGCCUUGACUUUUAAUAAUACUUACUAUCCUUAGGUUAGUUAAAGUCAGUGUGCAUUGUAUAUAUUGUGUCUGGAUUUCUAUGCCAGAUUGUGGAAUAUAGCUUACAUAUUGUGAAAAAUAUACUUUCAUGACACUAUUGAAAUACUUAUUACUUGGUACCUGAGAAACAGUGUGUAGGUUAUUUAUAAAUAAUUAGAAAUGUCACCCAAACAGUGGAACAAGUGUAUGUAAUUUUAUUACAUUUCUUAAUUUAAAUAAAAUAUUUAUAUACUAUUGAAA